CCGCAGCCAGCACACGACCGAAAGCGCCAGGGCGCACCCCGCCUGGCCACAGAGCAAAUCCAGCAAGGAGGCGGUGUGCAGCUCGAGACUUCCUAAAUGGACAAGCAGUGGCGUGGCCGCUGACUGCGCCUCGCCUUCCCGCCCCGUCCGCAGCAGCCACAAAAGCAACCCGCGCGGGCGGCAGGACUCCAAGCCACCCCCGCCUCCGGCCCCACCCAGCCGCACCCGAGGCCGCGCGGUGUCACAAAGCGCAUGCGUGCCGCGGGGGAUGCCGGGAGCGCGCAGUGGCGGCAGCGGUGGCGACGGCAGUCACAGCGGCAGCAACAGUGGGGACGCGAGCGGGGCGGUGACCGUGUGGGAGGUGGUCUCACUCUUGGCGAAGCUGCUAGGCACCGUCGCCGCGCUGAAGGUGGUUCUGUACCUGCUCCGGGUGUGCUUAGCGAUGGCCUGGAAAUCCGGCGGCGCCAGCCACUCGGAGCUAAUCCACAAUCUCCGCAAAAAUGGAAUCAUCAAGACAGAUAAAGUAUUUGAAGUAAUGCUGGCUACCGACCGCUCCCACUAUGCAAAAUGUAACCCUUAUAUGGAUUCUCCACAAUCAAUAGGUUUCCAGGCGACAAUCAGCGCUCCACACAUGCAUGCAUAUGCACUAGAACUUCUGUAUGAUCAACUGCAUGAAGGAGCUAAAGCCCUUGAUGUGGGAUCUGGAAGUGGAAUCCUUACUGCAUGUUUUGCACGUAUGGUUGGAGCUAGUGGAAGAGUCGUAGGAAUUGACCACAUUAAAGAGCUAGUAGACGACUCAAUAAAUAAUGUCAGAAAGGACGACCCAAUGCUUUUGUCUUCAGGGAGAGUGCAACUGGUUGUGGGGGACGGGAGAAUGGGCUAUGCCGAAGAAGCCCCUUACGACGCUAUCCACGUAGGCGCUGCGGCCCCGGUUGUGCCCCAAGCACUAAUAGACCAGCUAAAGCCUGGUGGAAGAUUGAUAUUGCCCGUCGGUCCUGCAGGUGGAAAUCAGAUGCUGGAGCAGUAUGACAAGCUACAAGAUGGCAGUGUCAAAAUGAAACCGCUGAUGGGAGUGAUAUACGUGCCUUUAACAGAUAAAGAAAAGCAGUGGUCCAGGUGGAAGUGAUUUUAUCUUCUGCUCUUUCUUCUUCCACACGUGCAAGGGACGAACUGUAAAAGCAACGUCAGCUUGACCAGUAUAUAAUAUUACAGUGGAUUGCUCAUCUCAGUCCUCAGAGCUUUUGAAAACCAACAGCAUCACAGCUUGUUUUGGACUUUGUUACACUAUUAUUUUCAGCAUGAAAAUGUGUGGUUUUAUAGGGUUUUUAAUUCUUCGGAGAGGCAGAAAAGUUAAAUUGGUAGAGAAAGGAUACAAAGUAUACACUUGUUCUUUAAUGUGCCCACAUUUUACUUUAAAAUAUUAAAUGGAAAGGUUCUGCAAAAUGCAAAACUUAGUUUAUGAAUUGAUUUGGAGGAGAAGUUUUUCUUUUUCUAGACACUUAAUUCUGUUCCGAUGUUAAUUUUUCAGAUUGCUUUUGUGUAUCAGAUAACACCCCCAUUCACCAGUUAAGAUUCUUCAUUUUUGGGUGUCUGUUAGAUGCUACUAAGAAAAUAGAGAUGAGCUUCCUUUUUAAAGCUUUUGAUGUGGUGUCAUAGAAUAGCAUGUUGUAGAUACAAUCAGCUACUUUGUUACCUUAAAACUAAGCAAUUGUAAAUAUUAAACUUUAAGAAGAUGGAAGGUGAUUUCCCUUAACGUUCAGCAGUUCAGAUUGGACACAACUGAUGUAGUUCUUCCUUUUUCUCUUUAAAAACUAUAGGAGACUUGUAGCUCAGUAUUAUCUCUUCUGUUUCUAAUUUGCUGCUGAUAAUGUAUAUGAAUUUAACAUGCUGUGUAAGCUGUGUCCUAGUUACUGAACAGUUUAUGCAGUGCUGCUUUGCCAAAUAAAGUUAAAAGUAAAA